GGUUUUCGACAUUGUUCUUAGCAGCAGUAGGAUCAGAACUGAGCGGUAAUAAGUCAAGUAAUGGCACUGAUUUUGUUUUGCUGGGUUGCUUUUCUUUUGUACCAGCAGAUUUGUGCUGCUCCAAGAAAUGAGGGCUUUAAAGAGAGACCCCUGCUGGAUAUAAGUAAAUUCUGGCAUAUAUCUGACCUGCACAUCGAUCCCACCUACCACGUCACAGAAGAUCGCACCAAAGUGUGUUACUCCUCGAAGGGCUUCCCUGCAUCCGAUCCAGGAAUCUUUGGAGAUUUCAUGUGCGACUCUCCUUACCAGCUCAUUCUGUCUGCCUUCAGUUAUAUGAAAAACGUGGACCUUGAGCCUGAAUUUAUGAUCUGGACUGGAGACAGCCCUCCACAUGUUCCAGCAGAUAAGCUGUCCCCAGACACUGUGAUAAAUAUGAUCAGCAAUAUGACACAAACCAUACGCCAGUUCUUCCCUCAGCUGCCGGUGUAUCCUGCCCUGGGCAACCACGACUACUGGCCACAGGAUCAACUUCCGGAGAAUGAAAACGACAUUUACCAGGCUGCAGCUAAACUUUGGUCCCCAUGGCUACAACCAGAAGCCCUUGUUACUCUACGUAAAGGGGGCUUUUACUCUCAGCUGAUUAAGCCUGGACUUCGGCUGGUGAGUCUGAACACAAACCUUUACUACAGCCCCAAUCACGUAACGGUGAACAUGUCUGAUCCAGCUGGCCAGUUCCAGUGGCUGCAGGACACUCUGGAGCUUUCCAAACAGAACAUGGAGAGGGUCUACGUGAUUGCUCAUGUCCCGAUUGGUUACCUGCCCUACGCUAAAAGCACCACAGCUAUGAGGGAAGGCGACAACGAAAAACUCGUGAAUAUAUUUCGCAACUACAGCGACGUUAUUAAGGGACAAUUUUACGGUCACACUCAUCGAGACAGUAUGAUGGUUCUUCUGGAUCGUAAAGGGAAGCCUGUUAACUCUAUCUUUGUGACUCCGGCUGUGACGCCAUACAGAAGUUUUCUAGAGCAAUAUUCGAAUAACCCUGGUGUCCGUAUGUAUCUGUACAACUCCCAGGACUAUGGCUUACAGGAUCUUUGGCAGUUCUACUUGAAUCUUACCAAAGCAAAUCAGGAAGAAAAGCCCAAUUGGAGACUUGAAUACAUCAUGACCAAAGCUUUUGGGAUCAAGGACAUUCAGCCAGAAAGCCUACAUGAACUCGCACUGAAGUUCGAGGAACCAGACAGCAAAGAAUUCCCGAAGUACUUCACUUAUUUCAUGGUCAGUUUCAAUGACACUGUGACUUGUACAGAGGAGUGUAAAACAGUACAGGUGUGUUCUGUACACUUUUUGGACCAUGAUACGUAUUCAGAGUGUGUGGAAAAAGGGCAAAGGCUGUGAAUUUUAAUACCAAAAGCCUUAUUAUUAUAAUUAUUAGCCAUCGUAAUUAAUUUGCAAUAAAAGGGAAUAAAUCUUAGCCUUUCUGAUGAUCUUUUAGUUUACAGCUGUUCUUUUAAGGCAAAGAGAAUAUACACAAAAAUAGACAAAUUCCAAGUGUUUCACUGCAAGAUUUAUUACUAUUACUGGCACUUCAAUUGUAGCUACAUAUGUUGUUUUAAUAUGAUGACCUUCGAAUUGAACCAAACCAUAUAUGACUGGAUAUGUUCUUUAAAUAUUUACUUUUUUUUAAUUACUCUGGGAAUAAGAAAUAAUUACAGUGCAUAGUCUGAUUUUUUUUGGUUGGUUGGUUGGUUUUUAAAUAAUUAUCACUGUCCAAAAAAAGUCAUCAUUUAUUAUCAUUGCAUUAUCAAAUAUACUUUUCAUUUCUUGUAUGAUGUACUUGAUGUACCUAAAUCUGUAUGAUUGUCAACACAGCUGGAACACAAAAACAUCCCAGAACAUAAAAUUGUACUGUACUAACUGUUAAUGUUACAAAUCAAAUAUUUGAAACCAAAAAUUAUACAAAAACAUAACUUUUGAUUCUUUUUUAAAGGGAUUUGCAUUGUUUAAAGUUAAAAAUGACAAUGUUUUUACAUAAUUUAUAUUGAGGCUGCUUUUAUUUUUUCAAGGCAUUAUUUUAUGGACAUUACUGAAGCAAUUGAUUCAUUUUAUGGGGAUUUUUCUGUAUAAAAAGUUCCUCACUGUUCAAUAAGAAACGACUGUUAAAGACAACUUUGCUCUGUUUGUUCUGUUUUGCUCAUUCUUGUGUACCUGAAUUGUAAGUUAAUUUGUGUCUGUGUAUAAAAUAAAUAAACAAAACAAUUUA